CGGAUUCCCGAUCGUUCGCCUCUCGCAGCGUUGCCAUUGCGUUCUGGCAGAUUUGCCCGCGAGGUGCGCGACGUGCGCGGGCUCGCGGGGGGAGCGUGUACACGCGGCGCUCUCGCAUCUUUCUUUAGCUUUGUCUUAAUUCGACGGCUAUUGUCGAGAUGUCGCGCAUCGUCCUGGAUCUGGGCGGCUCCACGUGGACUGUCCGACAAACCCGUUGUUGUGCUAUCGGGAAUGCCGAAGCGGAGAAUGGGCGGCAGGAUCCGCUGCGCGCCGUGGAUUGUCCGCGCGCACCUUUCCAGGCCAACGUACCUGGCUGCAUUCACACCGAUCUGAUGGCUGCCGGCCUGCUGCCCAAUGUGAACUGGCGGGACAAUGAGAAGAAGCUGCACUGGGUAGCUGAGUCAGACUGGGAGUAUCGGAGAACGUUCGUUGUCGAUGAGGUCUUAUCCAAACGACACGUUGUGCUUCGGUUUGACGGCUUGGAUACGCUGGCCAGUGUGGAGGUCAAUGGCACGGAGGUUCUGGUCGCCGAUAACAUGUUCCGCUCCUGGGAGAUUGACAUCAAGGACCUGCUGGUUCAUUGUCCGAAGGCAGAGAUUCAGGAGGAGGGAGGAGGAGGAGGAGGAGGAGGAGGAGGAGGAGGAGUGUCGGGGAAGGAAAACACGCUGGUCGUGAAGUUUCGGUCCACGGUUCCCGAGCUUGCCAAAUGCCAGGCUCGGCGCGCAAUGUACGGAUGGAACACUUUCGACCGUCGAUAUGAGGGCAAUGCGUGGCUUCGCAAGAUGGCAUGCGGAUUCGGUUGGGAUUGGGGUCCCAUGGCCCCGACUUGUGGGAUUUGGCGCGCAGUGACGCUGCAGGCCUACGAUGUCCGCAUAGAAGACCUGCGAAUCCGGCAAACACACAUCAAUGGCCAAGAUCAAACCCAGGUGGUCAGCGUGCGGCUCGAUGUGGAUGUCCAUUUGAAGGCUCUCUCCUCCUCCUCCUCCUCCUCCUCCUCCUUCUCUUCCUCCUCUGUUGAUGCAAAAAAGACUCCUUUUCAGAUACGCAUGGACGUGCGGCCUGUCUUGGAACAGGACUUCGGUGUGAAUGGUAGUUCCAAGGAAGAAGGGAAAGGGGGGAUCUUGAUCACUAAUUACACCAACAGUAAUGCAACUGAUGAUGCAAGUCCCGAUCUUCCUCCUCCAAUUGCCACGUGUACGGCAGAUGCAGCAGCAGACUCGGAAUGUGUGCGGCUUACUGCUGACGUGUCAAACCCUCAGCUAUGGUGGCCUAAUCGCUUUGGCAAGCCAUCUCUCUACUUGAUUACCAUCUCUCUUCUCCAAACUUCUGCCUCCUCCUCCUCCUCCUCCUGUGUGGUCAUUGAUCGAGUGCAGAGAAGAGUCGGUCUUCGAAAGAUCCAGCUUGUGAGGGAGAAGGAUCAAUGGGGGGAGUCCUUUUUGUUUGCCGUCAACGGAAAACCCUUCUUCGCCAAGGGUGCCAAUUGGAUUCCAGCGGACAUUUUUACAACACGUCUUCGGCACCGAGAUUAUGCUGAACUGUUGACGUCAUCAGCAGAAGCGGGCAUGAAUAUGAUCAGAUGCUGGGGAGGGGGGAUUUACGAGAGGCCGGAGUUCUACGACAUCUGCGAUGAGCUAGGUUUGCUGGUAUGGCAGGACUUCAUGUUCGCUUGCUGUACCUAUCCAGCUUUUGACGAUUUGUUCAUUUCCAAUGUACGAGAAGAGGCGGUGGAGAUCGUUCGACGAUUGAGACACCAUGCAUGCGUAGCUCUUUGCUGUCCCGAGACUGCUUGUGUUAGAGUUUCGCUAGACACCUCCCUCACAGGCGUGGCAGAAGAGUUGAAGGAGAGGAGGCCCGCCUGGGCCCAGAUGAAGAAGGAGAAUAAAGGGCAGCUGAUUUUAUUAGAUGCAGAGAUUUUUAGAAGUGGAGUAGGGGCCCUAAUAGAUUCAGGGGCCACCCGCAGCUAUAUUAGUAAGCAAGCGCUGCAGAAGUUGAGGCUGGGACUUAAGGUCCAGAAACUGACAGACCCCAUAGUUAGUAUCCUCGCGGACAAUCGUACCAUGGUUGUAGAGGAUUACGUAGAGGGAGUUCAGGCGUAUUUUCGCCUAGAGAAAGAUGGGAAGGUGGAGAAGGUCCUCCACUCCCUGACUCUCCUCGUAGAGGACAGCCUCCCGUUCGAUAUAGUACUGGGAAUGGAUUGGGGAGAGGCAGCCGGGGCAACGCUCCAUCUGAAGGAGCACGAGUGUAGACUCCCUAGUUUUGCAGGUGAGGCUAAGAUUGCCCGCCUGUUUCAUGUGUCAGGAGUAGAGAAUUCCUUGGUACAUUGCUGCCUUAGUGCCCCUGCGUUCGCCAAAUUGGUGAAGAAGGAGAAAUUAGAGGAACAGGUCUUUGUUGCCUAUGUUAGGCCCGGGACUGAGCCUACGGAAGAGAAGCCGAUGGACCCUGCGAUUGCGAAGCUGCUGGAGGAGUUUAAGGAUUUGACUGAGCCGCCGACAGGCACGGUGCCGCGGCCCAUCCAACACCGUAUCGAGAUAGAGCCUGGCAGUAGAACUCCUAAGGGUGCUGUGUAUAGGAUGUCCCCGCGGGAGUUAGAGGAGCUUCGCAAGCAAUUAGACGAGCUCCUCGAGAAGGGUUGGAUUAGGCCCAGUUCGUCUCCUUUCGGAGCGCCUGUUCUCUUUGUUCCUAAGAAAAAGGGAGAGCUGAGAACGUGCAUAGACUAUAGGGGUCUGAAUGCUAUUACAGUAAAGAAUGCUGAGCCACUACCUAGGAUCGACGAUCUCUUAGAUCGAGUGCAGAGGGCUAAGUAUUUCUCUAAGAUAGACUUAAAGUCCGGAUAUCAUCAGAUAGAGGUACACCCUGAUGAUAAGUAUAAGACAGCCUUCCUGACUAGGUACGGGCAUUAUGAGUUUAUAGUGAUGCCCUUUGGACUAACCAAUGCGCCAACAACUUUUCAGCGGUGUAUGAAUGAUUUGUUGAGGCCGUGGUCAGACAGAUUCGUUGUAGUUUAUCUAGAUGACAUCCUAGUAUUUAACCGGACCCUCGAAGAGCAUCGGGGUCAUCUCAGGCAAGUCUUGGAGAAGCUGAGAGAAGCUAACUUCAAGAUCAAUGCAAAGAAGUGCGAUUGGGCGAAGACCCAAGUUUUGUAUCUAGGCCACGUCUUAGACGGAGACGGCGUUAUGCCAGAAGAUAGCAAGAUCGCAGCGAUUAGAGAUUGGCCCACCCCACAGAGUGGAGAUGCUCAUUGCUGGGAUGUGUGGCAUGGCGGGCAACCAAUUGAGGUUCAGCGCACUUGGAAGCAUAGGUUUUUCAGCGAGCUGGGUUUUCAAUCAUUUCCAGAACCACAAACAGUCCAGAGCUACACACUUCCAGAAGACCACAAUAUCUGCAGCUAUGUUAUGGACUUUCAUCAGCGGUCAGAAACUCGUGGAAACAAGGCAAUUUUUGGGUUUCUGUUGGAUUGGUUCCAAAUGCCUCGCGGAUUCGAGGAGUGCUUAUGGCUUAGCCAGCUGAUCCAAGCCUUUUGUCUGCAGUAUGUGGCUGAACAUGCAAGAAGACAACAGCCACGGACGCAAGGGCUUUUGUACUGGCAGCUGAAUGAUCUUUGGCCCGCGCCAACGUGGAGCUCGUUGGAUGUGUACGGCCGUUGGAAGGCUCUCCACUAUUUCGCGAAGAGAUUCUUCGCAGACGUUUUGAUCAGUGGAGUGGAAGACAAGGAGAAAGGGAGAGUGGAGGUCCACGUCUCCAAUCACAAAAUGCAUGAAGUGAAAGGCACUGCGAGUGCGCGGGUCACAACGGCCUCGGGCAAGGAACUGUUCAGCACUCAAAUCGGCGGAACCGCCUGCAUUCCCGCUCAGUCAAACGCCUUGAUCGGCACUCUGGAUUGUCUAGCGUUCGUGAACGAACAUAGUGAACGGGACCUUCUCGUCUGGUUGGUAUGGACGGAGGCCGGCGAAGGAACUGCCUUGAGGAAGGCCCAAGAUUGUGUAUCGUCGUCAAGCGUUGUCAUGUUCUCACGGCCAAAGCAUCUUCUGCUGAAAAAGCCGGUGAUCAGCACAUCGGUUGAAAAGUCACCAGCCGGGUGCAUCAUCAGCGUGGAGGCUGACAAACCCGCCCUAUGGGUGCGGUUGAGUCUGAAGCAUGAUCUCUCGCCUUUGCGGAAGGACGAAGAUGGCUCUGGAUGGAAGGGGCCAGGAGGAACAGGCGCAUCUGAACCGCAUUUCGAGAACAACUUCUUCCAUCUUGAUGGGAAGACUCCUGUGAUUGUUCAUCUUCGCGGAGCAACGGACUUGCAGGUCGUAAAGAAAAGGCUGCAAGUGUUGUCGUUUGCGGACCUGUCUGAUCCAUAAAUGUUAUCGGCAGGACGAUGUCGAAGUAUGGUCAAUGACAAACACAAUUGCUUUGGCAUAUGUGCAGGGAAGGAGUGGCGCUCAUGCUGACCCUGCAGGGAAGUGGGUUGUGGUAGUUAGUUGAAAUUCACAUCAGAAUGGAGAGGGACAUUGAGUAAUUUGCCAAUUUGGUGAAUGCAGUGAGGACAUUGAAAUCCACUUUGCUGUGUUUGUAUUUGGGACACUUUUCAGUAUAGAUACGGGCCUGAUGACCCGGCCUAUUCGGGUGAAGACAGUAGUGACAGAAGCUUUGGGAAUCAGGGAUCCUUGGUACUGAAUCAGGUCGUUUGCUGUAACUGUUUUCUAACUUUUCUCUUUCUUUAAAAAUAAACUAGCUAAGUGCCC